AUGCUACCGACGGCCCCAGCCAGCAUCCUCCUACUACUCUCCUCGGCCUUACAACUUACUGUAGCCGGGGAUGCCCACUCCAACCACGUCGAUCGCAUCAUCCAACGCUCCCCAGACCAACCCCAUCAAGACACAGCACAGCUCUCCCGCCGGCAGAGCGUAACCCCCCAGUGCGGCGCAGCAGGCGGCAACCGGCGGUGCGCAAACAACCUCUGCUGCUCCGACUACGGCUACUGCGGCGAAGGGACCGACUACUGCGACGUACGCUGGUGCCAGGUCCAGUUCGGGCGGUGCGGCGACGCGCCACCUGCCCCGACAACGACGUCCGGCACGACGACCACAACCACCCGCACGACGGCGACGAGAACCACAACCGCGACCUCGCCGCCCGUACCGACCGGCAGCCUCGUGGCCAGCACCAACGGGCAAUGUGGCAACUCCACCACCUGCGCCGGGUCGCCGUUUGGCAACUGCUGUUCCGAGUACUACUUUUGCGGCAGCGGCGUCGCGUACUGUGGUGCGGGAUGCAGGGGCUCGUUCGGCGCGUGCGGGGAUGGUUCCGUGCCUCUGCCGCCCCCUGGGUCGAGCACGUCUUCCUCGACUGUGCGGUCAUCAAGCACCAGCAGUACCGCCGUGCCACGGCCGUCCAACGCCAGCCCCAACGGGAGGUGUGGUGUUGACGCGGGUAGAUUUACUUGUACCGGGACAAACUACGGGCCUUGCUGCUCCGACUACGGGUGGUGUGGAGACGGGCCUGACUAUUGCACGCCACUAUACUGCCAGGCCGACUAUGGCACAUGUGGUUGA